GUAUCAGGGAUCUAGAAAAAUGCUUAUGUUCCUUAUUACUAUCUUCCUGUCUGUAAACAUCACCUCCGGAGUAAUCACAGCAAUAGAACUAAACGAUCACCUUGUACAUGAGGAGUUGAUACUCUCUGGCACGUAUAUGUGAUAUUAUGUAUAUAGAGGGUACGCGCAGCUUCUGAACUCCAUGGCUUGGAUGCUCAAGACUGUUUGGGAGUUCCUCGCGCUGUGUCUUUCAGUCUGGGUGGCUGUGAAACACUUCCGUGAGCUGCGACGACUCGGCCUAUCGACAGGAUUGACCAUCGGGGACUGUGUCGGAGUGCUGAUACAAUCUCACGUUCUUUAUUUUGCAAGCUUUGCUGGUGUCUCUUGCCUCCAGCUUGCUUAUCCUUAUCUCUCUCCAGAAAUGGCGAAUUCAAAUUAUAUUGGAGCUCUGACACUUGAUGGUGCUCUUCAAAUUUUAUCGGUUGUACAGAUGUUUGUGCUGGGACCACGCCUCGUCCUGAGCGUUCGAGAACACCACGCCAAACUCGUGGCAUACUCCGAUGCAGAAACUAGCCUGAAUUCUAUUGUUUUCCAGGAACAUAUACAUAUAUCAACUAGCAGUACUGUGUAG